AUGGAGAACGGCAACCAUCCGCCCAAGCGUCGUCGCCUCAACAAUGGCUACGCCGGCUCCCCCACGAGCUCGUCCUCCGACGAGCUCGCCGCAACCUCCGAUCACGAGAUGGAGCGCCGCCGCGCCAGCUGGUCGGCCAAAAAGGCGUACACGGCUCGCAGGCGUUACAACCGUCGCUCGCACAGCUUCAGCGACUCGGGGAGCCCCGACGAACUGGCCGUCGACGCCGACACCUACUGGGGGCGGAAUACCCGGGAGCAGUCCAGGAGUCCCAGUCGCAGCCGCAGCCGCAGCGCGAGCCGUAGCAGUCGCAGCUCCUCCCAGGACGACAGCACGCCAGAGCAGGCCAAGCCAGAGGAAUCCGCGCAGGGAGACGACGAUGCCGAGGAAGGGUCGCGGCCGCGAUCAGAGCAGCAGUCCGAGCGAAUACCCUCGCCUCCCCCUCCCCCGCCAAAGCCCGAUCAUCUAAAUUACAGAGAGAAGUUCCUGCUCAAAGGCCAUCUGCGCGGCGUGUCUGCCGUGCAGUUUUCACCUGAUGGAUCCAAGAUCGCCAGUGGAGGCGCGGACGGGGCUCUCAAGGUCUGGGAUACGCUAACAGGGAAGCUCAUCCAUACUUUCGAGGGCCAUUUGGCGGGCAUUUCGACCGUUGCCUGGAGUCCCGACGGCGAGACGAUUGCGUCCGGGUCGGACGACAAGUCCAUACGGCUGUGGAAUGUGUUGACGGGCAAGGCCCAUCCGGUCCCUUUCAACGGCCACCACAACUACGUCUAUUCGCUUGCGUUCUCUCCGAAAGGCAACAUGCUUAUCAGUGGAUCGUAUGACGAGGCGGUGUUUCUCUGGGAUGUGCGCUCUGCGCGCGUGAUGCGAUCGCUACCCGCCCAUUCAGACCCCGUCGCGGGCGUCGACGUCGUGUGGGACGGGACCCUCAUCGUCUCCUGUUCGUCGGACGGUUUGAUUCGAUUAUGGGACACAGCGACGGGUCAGUGUCUGCGGACGCUGGUCCACGAGGACAAUCCCCCCGGUCACGGCGGUGAAAUUCUCGCCGAACGGCAAAUUCGUGCUGGCGUGGACUCUGGACGACUGUGUGCGACUGUGGAAUUACGUCGAGGGACGCUGCAUCAAACGUAUCAGGGCCAUAUCAAUCGCAAGUACAGUCUCUGCGGCGGGUUUGGGAUUUAUAGCGCCCCCGGAGGCCCUCCUUCAGCCUUUGUUGUGAGCGGCAGCGAAGAUGGGGCGGUGCUCUGCUGGGAUGUUGUCAGCAAAAACGUCCUGCAGAGGCUCGAAGGCCACACAGACGCCGUUCUUUGCGUGGAUACUUGCUCGUUCGAAGGCAAGAGGUUGAUGGUCAGCUGUGGUCUGGAUCGAACGAUACGCGUCUGGGAAGAGGUCGAGGAGGUCGUCGAGUCGCGCGAGGCAGAUGGAACAGAAACCAACGGCGAGAAGAUGGAAGGGACAUCGCAAGAGCCAGCACAGACGCAAGAUGGCGAGGCGGAGGGCGACGGAGACAAAAUGAUUGAAUGA